ACUCACAGUUUGGCUUUAGUGCCCGGGAGUGUGAAGAUCAGGGAAGAUCAAACUACCUUACUGUAGGUUGACCCCUGAGCCUCCGUGUCUCCCCUUCAAGGAUACAGGUUACACAGUAGGGACACCAUCACAGUACUCCUGCCAACCUUGCCAAAGCCACAAUGUCACAAUUCUGUACAAUGCCAGCUGAGGAGAGGAAGAAGUGUGCAGCAGCUAUUUGCCAAGAGGUCCAUGGUACCGAUGGGGACACAAUGGAUCUCGGAAAGAAGCUCAGCACCCCUAAAGACAUUAUGCUGGAGGAGUUAUCGUUGCUUUCCAACAGAGGUUCCCGGCUUUUCAAAAUGCGCCAGAGGAGAUCCGAAAAAUACACAUUUGAAAGUAUCCAAAACGAGGCAAACGCACUGCUGAAUAAUGACAUUUCAACAGAGAAUACACACACUGUGGAAAUUAAAGUGGAUGCACCAGCUCAAGGAAGUACUGAAAAUCCAGCAGUCACUGUUACAGAAGUGACUACAGAGAAGGUAGAUGCCUCACCUAUGCCAAAGUCCUACCACUCCCCAUGGGAUCAGGCAAUCCUCAGUGACCCUGACCUCGCCAUAACUCUGAAAGUGACAAUGUCAGCACCAGACCCACGACCAGACCUUCCUGAGUACAAAUGCUUUAACCGGGUUGCCACUCCUUUUGGUGGCUUUGAGAAAGCUCCCAAAGGAAUCACAUUCAAGCUCCCCGUGGUGGACCUGAACCCGCCCAGCUUCCCAGAGCUGCAGGAGCCGGGGAUGAAGCGACCCACCUUCAACAGGACAGCCCAGGGGUGGAUAUCUGAGGGCACCCAUCUGAUCCUACCCACUAUUACCCUGGAGCCCAUCAAAAUCCCAGAGUCUGACGACCUGUAGGUUGCUUACUGUAAUCUGGCAACAUGAUAUUGGCUGUAGUGUUCUGGCCCCCACCUCUGAUGACAGCAAAACAGUCAUUUUGUAGCGCAGUUACAAUUCCUAACCAAUAUUUUGGAUUUUUCCCAUUCAACGGACACAAAAUGUUUCAUGCAUUUGAUGACUAGUGUGUUUCCACUGAUACUGAAAGCAAAACUGUAAAUUUUAUAAAUGUUUAGAUGAAUUGAUGAAAAUGUAAUGUAAAUAAAUAAUGCAAAGUAUUUAUUGAUGGCACCCAACUGGAACAUGCAGUAAGUUGUAUUUAGUGCAUAUAAGUGAGCAGUAUUUCAGUUAUAUCUACUUCAAAAAACUGCAUUACAGAAAAAUACACACAUAAAGUAUGAUGUUCUUGCUAUCCAUAUAUUAUCAUAAAAUCAAAUCUUAACCCAAAGAUUAAACUUCAGUAUUUUGUACCCCUUUUUUCCAAGUUUUUGUAUCUGAAUGACGAAUAGGAGCAAAAACUUGAAAUUCUUCCAGUAGUGAAAGCGGAAAAACAGGCUGCAAUGUAACCACUUGGGGCAAUUGUGCACCAUCAAUUUACGUCCACUAAAAGAGCUUGUUUUUGCCAUUGACAGGCUCAGACUGUUAUUCUAAGUGUCUAACCACAUUAUGGAAAGGAUCCCUACAGAAACAGACCUCCUUGUUAAAGAGUAAGAUCCAUUUUGUUUAACCAGGCACAGCCAUGAAAUCACCAAAUUCACCAGACUCUAGUUUGGUUAAAAUAAACCUUUAAUUCAACCAGCUAGAUGUGAAAAUACGCUGGCUCUGUGCACUCUAAAAUUACUGUUUAUUUAAAGAGUCUGGUGGGUUGGUGAUGAAGAGUUUGGGGCUGUUUCUGAUUAAAUAAAAAGUAACUUUCUACUUUAACAAAAAGCUCAGCCUGUUUCGCGGGUGCAGCCAACCAAUUUAAAAAAAUGUCGUCCCCAUUAGUCACUUAGACACAGAAACAUAAGAAAAUAGGAAAAGAAAGAAAAAUACUGAGGUUACCCGUUAAUGUUAGAGCAAGCAACUGUUGAACAUACAAAUAUAAAAUAUAAAUCACUGAAAGUAAAGUAAUGUAAAAUUCAGCACAAAAACAAGUAAUUUAUAGAUUUAUAGAAAUAAAAUAAUGGUAAGAGCUCUGAUUUCUUGUUGACUGCUGAAGAAAAAGAAAUUAUUUCAAAUUGCAACUGAGAAACAUUUUAUUCUGAGGAAAUAACAGAGGUCAUAAGCAUGGCAUCACUACAUCGAUCUGGGAGGAAAACUGAGAGAGCUGGACUUUGAUCUGCAAUGGCAUGGAACUGGUACUUUGACUUUAUAGGCAAAUACAUUUCAUAACACACAGAUCAAUACAAAAUGGAUAUAGCCACGCCUUGUUUGGAGUGGAAGAACACCGAAGAGUAGAUUAAAAUGUUUGUUCUGCAUCGUUUUGAGACAUAUAUGCACUACAAAUGCCGACAGCAGCAAUACUGUGUUAUUGUGUGAUAUUUUGGUGUUGAACUCACUGUGUUUCUGAAGAACUGGGCAGAAAACAGUCGCUCUGUGUGCCUUUACUUCCACAGUUUAAGUGUAUUGCCUCCUCAAACAUACUGUCUAUUGUCUCUCUAAUGACUAACUCAAAGGUACACUAUGCAGGAUUGUUGGUUACCAUUUCUAAACACGCUCACCAGAG